GAGGACGGCGGUUGGGGCCCGGCGGGGCGGGGGCUUCUCUGUGGCCGUGUGAGGGCCUGGAGCGAAGCGGGGUUCGCGCCCUCGGCGUGCGAGCGAUACGUGAACAAAUCAAACAAACAAACAAAAAAAGCUGCGCCUCUCGCGCCUUGAAGCUAGGUGGCUGCAUGGUUCUUGCUCAGAGGUCAGGUUUUCCUGGCGGGAGAAAAACAAGCCUCCAUAACGGAGGUAACGUGUAGUAUAAGCUUUCCGUUGCUCUUGGAGGAGGUGGUCAGGGAAGAAAGAGCUUGUGGACAAAUGUAUAGGCUCACGCAUUCAUAUUGUGAUGAAGAGCGACAAAGAAAUUGUUGGAACGCUUUUAGGAUUUGAUGACUUUGUCAAUAUGGUGUUAGAAGAUGUUACAGAAUUUGAAAUUACACCUGAGGGCAGAAGAAUCACAAAACUAGACCAGAUUUUGCUAAAUGGAAAUAACAUAACGAUGCUGGUUCCUGGCGGAGAAGGACCUGAAGUAUAAAUUGAUCCAUAUGUCAUCUAUGAAGAGAAGUUAUAUAUGUAUUCUAAAUAGGGCUUCUGGGGUAUGGGUGUGGGUGUAUGGUGGGAGGUUGUGUUUUGUUUUUUAUACAUAUUUGAAGUUGUUAUUUGAUAAGGGACAAAGGAUUUCCUCUUUCCAAAAGAUGCGUUGCUAAUGCUGACUUUGUAAGUUGAAAUCAUGACCUUCUUGUAAAGGUGCACUACUGUGUUCUGAAUAAAAGGCUUUCUUUCUGUUAA